CCUUCCCUAGAGGGGGAGGGGGGGGAAGCGGUCGUGCGCAGGGAGCAGGAGAUUUUGAGGACCCAGAGCUCGGCACGAGGCUCUCUCUCACCGCGAGAAGGCAACACCGUUUGCAGUAUCUCUUCGGCUCUCCUGCCGCUUCUAGGAUCCACUAGCUCCGCCAUAUUCUGCAAGUUCAAACUUUUACCGUCUGCUGGGUUAGAAGGAAUUGGUUGUGAGGUCCCUUUGCAUGUGCUCGGAUGGAUGCCGGGUAAUGAGGGAUUUAUUCGCCGCGUGAGUGAAAGGUUCCUAUCACGUGGCUCAAGGUCGGUUAGGGAAGAUUAGUAGGAAGGGUUUUAUAAUCAAGGCGUAGCAUCGGUUUUUGGGAGAACACAAUGCAUUCCAGAUACAGGUCAAGUGGAUUUCCUUCUUCUCGCACUCCUUCUCCGUCAUAUCGAAAUCCCUCGAAAGCCAGGAGCGACUUCACAAGCAGACCUCCGAAUUGGAUAGCUCCUGGCCGUGACACGGAUCAACCAGCCGGGUACGGUGGCAGCUCGUAUGGUGUUCGUAAUGAAGGGCGAACGCCCUUCGAUGAUAGAGGUGAUAGAGACAAGGAGAAGCUAGCCAGCGAAGCAACUAGAUUGGCUGCCGAAUAUUUUGCCUCGAAAGAUGACAAGUACUCUUCGCGAGGUGGGAGGUUCGACGAAUCAAUGACGAAGAAUUACAACCUUCCGUACAUGGACGCUGGCCCUCACCGAGAAGGUCGUGGUGUUCGUGACACUCAAUUCUCUCGAGCGUCUCACGAAGAAUUCAGCUUUAGCCAAAGCAACCCUAAGUAUGACUCCAAGUAUGAUCGUAAACCUUCCUCGUACAGGGAUCCUGCGAGAGCACCCUUUGACGAGCCUCGUUAUCCACGAGGCGGGCAUGCUGAAUCGCGAAAGUAUGAUAAUUUCGGGGACAGGGGAGAUUUCAUCGGGACUGCAUCGUAUGAGAGUUCAUUCCCCAGGGAUGCUUUGGGGGAUAGUUUCACAAGAAAGUAUGAUGGUGAUUAUAGAGCCCCGAUUGGAGAGUCCGGUCAUUCAAGCUACUAUGCUGGUGCAUAUGAUCCUUACGCAUCGUCCAAGGACCUCAAAGGGCGUGGCAGAGAUCGCGAUGGAGGAUACAGGGAUAGGGACCGGGGUCGAGACCGAGACCGAUACAGGGACAGAGAUGAUGCAUGGGAUCGUGAGCGGCGGUCCUUUGAUCCCUUCAGCAGCGAUCGUAAGAAUGGUAGCGGGGGUGGUUAUGAUCGCAGUAGAAGAGAUGACGUGAUUUCCACCAAGCGGAAGAGCAGACCUUUUGACGCGUCGUAUUCUGGUGAUGCCCUCGACCGCAACAGUUUCCCGGUUGGAAAUGAGCUCUUUGCUAAGGAGCCGUCUUCCAAAGAUCUCUUUCUUGAGACAAAUCGACCUCCUCAGUAUUUGAAUCUUCUUGAUGCUGAUAGCUCCCGUAGGCGGCAAGAGUCUGACCAUGAUAUGAACGCUUACGACUACCCAGGCUCUAUGGAUGAGAUUUCACGCCGAAAUAGUGGAAAUCGUAGUCCCCCGUUACCCUCAGAUAGGGCAGACUUUCGAGAACCGCGUGAGUUAUUGGAGCGUCCAUUUCCUCAGGAUGUGUCGGGAGGAAGGGAUAAUUUCCGCCGAGAGUUGGAGCUGGAACCAGCUCCUUCAAGUUCAUUGGGAGAACGUGACGAGCCUUUAUUGGGUCCCAGGGCUGGCAGCUUCGAUGUGAAAGAGAAAUCUCGAUUCUCGUCUUAUAGCAAGGAGCAAGCGCGCUAUGUUGACAACGAGCCCCGCUUGCGUAGUUCAUCCUUUGAGAAGGGUCGGUCACCUGCUUUGGAUGAUCGCUCACGUAGCAGAUAUGAUACAGGCAAAAGUAACGGUCAUGUUUCACGCGUUGAGCCUUCAAGUUUAAGACACUCAGGGUCACAUCAUGGAAGUAGUGGGUGGAGGGACAGUAGCGACAUGGAUGUCGAGCAAAAGAAUCCCCCUCCACGCCGAAGUCUCUCAGAACGACUGGGACCUCUGAACGAUGAAAAGUUAUCAAGGUUUUCAGAUCGUGGGGCUUCUGACGGUCCUUUCAAUCAGUACAGUCGUGGUCGGGGUCGUGGGCGUGGUCGCGGUCGCGGUCGCGGCCGUGGUCGUGGGGACGACGAUUUUGGUAGAAGUUCACUGUAUGAUCGUAAUAGACCCCCCUUUGACUAUCGAAGUCGUGACGAGGUUUUAAGUGACAGGGGUAGGGGGCGAGGUAGAGGCAGAGGAAGAGAUAGAGGCGCGUUCCUCUCGAAUGAGGCGUUCCGUGGCCGUGAUCCUGGUCCUCCCAGAAAAUCCCAGAAGCGAGACCAUGACAUUGAACUGCCACCUCGUCCUUCUUCACAAGCAGAUGAAUUCCUCAAUAUGCACAACAUGAGAGCGAAGAAGACAACUACAGAACCUUACAAAGAGCAUUCAAAAGAACACAUGUCUCAAAGGAGAAAGGAAUCCCAUCGUCAUUUAUCUUCCCAGAAGCCAAGCAAUCGUCUAGAGUCUCAUCUGGAUGCAAGGAUAGAGGACAGGUCUGUUGGAUCUAAAGACAGAGAUUCGCAGGAGAAUCGAGAUGCUUCUAGUAUUGAUAAUUCAAAGAGUGGUGUAAAGCCACGUGCAGAAGAAGAAGAAGAAGAACAAGAACAAGAAGAAUUGAAGGAUGAAGAACAAGAAGAAGAAGAAGCAGCAGCAGAAGAAGAAGUAACAGCAGAAGAAGCAGCAGCAGAAGAAGAAGAAGAAGAAGAAGAAGAAGUAGAAGCAGCAGAAGAAGCAGAAGAAGCAGAAGUAGGAGCAGAAGUACAGGAGGAGGAGGAGGUCGAGGAACCCAUGGAUGUUUUCCUCGAGGCCCAGCUUGCAGCAUCCAUUAGUCUACGGGGAUUUUUGAAGGAUUUCAUCGAUGAUAUGGCAGACGACGAGAAUGGUGCACCUGUAGGGAAAGAUGUGGACGAUGAUAGUAGUGACAUGAUGUCAGAUGAUGAAAGUCAGGUUCUUGAAAACAUCGCAGAAAUGGAGGAUGAGAAUGGCAGAAAAGAGAAGGUCUUUGAGUACUUUGUGAAGCUAUUCCAGGACAACCACUUGUUGCGGAAGCUCUACAAAGAGAUGCAGGAUUGUGGGCUGUUUAAAUGCUUAGUUUGUGUCGCGGAAGGGAGGAAGACAAAGAGAAAAUAUUUAGACGUCGCACGUAUAAUACAGCAUUCGCAGAAAGUCAGAAGAACUAAGAAUAUUCAAGCACACCAAGGUUAUGCUCAGGCGAUACGCGAUCUGCUUGGGUGGGAUUCUGAAGCUCUAGAAACGGAGGUACUCAAAACUGACAAAGAAUUGUCUUCGAGACAGGAGGAUUGGGACGCGGAGACCCGUGAAGCACCAGAAUCUAAAUCUGUUCAAGAUUCAACCUCAAUACCGACUUGAGAAACUAGAUUGUCUGGUGAAUGCAAAGUGUUCGCUUCAAUGAGAUGGUGGUCGAUGGACUCAGUUACUCAACAAAGAUGGAACUUUUCCAUUCCCAUGAAGCACAGUAGAAUUCAUCUCUCGAUGUACCAAACCAAGACGACAACCCUCUGACCAUGCCUCUUUUUUGACAAUACCCAGAAGACCUUGAUUUAACCUCAGCCCUGCAUUACCUGUCUUAGUUUCCUCAGCCGUAAAUAGUAUUCUCUUUGUCACUGCCUAUUCUCAUCUACACCUAGUGCAGCAUUCAUUUACUAAACGUGAAUUCCCCUGCCACAGAACGUUUCUCUUACACUCAUCCCAGAUGCUGCCUGUCGAUAUCGCUCCAUUCGACAGUGUGGCCAACAGGAAAAUUGGAAGGUUUGGAGUGGGCUGCUGGAUAUUCUCUUGUUAACCUAGUUGGAAGUUUGACAUUCCCUGCAUACAACGGUGGUUUCGAUGUUUUGGACCUCUUCUCUAGGUAGUGAUAGAUCUUUUAGCUCUGCCAAUGGUUGGGACUCCUGAGGCCAUCAAGCUACAAAGAUUGUAUACUCUCCAUGCAUCGAAAAGGUCGAGGUGUGGAACCAUUUAGGACUACUGGAGCCAAGGAUUUGAUGCCAUGUUGAGACUUUUCCAAUAGUACGUAUUUUAUAGAACCUAACAAUACUCAGAAGAAGUUCCCUUUUUGUCUCCCCCCAAAUGGUUGCAGUCUCCUGGAUGUGAUGUUUGUCCUGGGCGAAUUCUCAAGAGGCCAACAGACUUGGUUGAAUGGUUGAGAAGAACUGAUUUACUAUCACAAUUUAUCUUAUGGGAAGCUCGGCUCAUGUUUUAUUCUUCAGUGUAUUGGAGUUUUCGAAACUUGUACACAAAUUCGAAUUUCGCUACACAAGAGGUAGAGUAAAAGUAUGUUUACUUCUCCGAAUUUAAAAACCUGAAGUCGUGGACUGGUGGCGAUCAGGGCCCUGUCAAAGUCGUGAACAGGUGGCAGCCCUAAAUCUGCUUGUGGUGAUCCUCUUAUUCUAUUAAACAGGUGUUCUUAAGGUGACAGAUCACUACUUCCAAGUGGCUGAUAUUCAAUCCUUGACAAGUGACGUGGGUCAAGAACGUUUCAUUACUUCCUGCUGGCUUUGAUCCGUAAUUCACCUGACAGUUUGAAAUCAUGAUUGACACCGAGAUGCAGGAUGUCCAAUACAACGGGCGUAUUCUAGGUCCCAAAGAAAGUAUGGGGGUUCACCCUACUCCCUCCACCCUAGUUCUGGUGAUGGAAAUCCUAUAACUGACACUGAGACGAUGACUCACCACUUGAGCUGAAAUAGAUUAGAAUGAACAGUUUGCAAUUAACGUUCUGACGAAACAAAUGUCAGGUUAUGGAUCCAGCUGCCAAAUUUUCACUUCCAUUGCUAGGUAAGCCAAAAGUGAUGUCACUUAGCGUUUUGAACAGAACUGAGCGCGACUUGAGAGUCUCAGCCACGUGGAAAGAUUUUAAGACGGUCUUCACUGAUAGACUAAUUUGGUGGGAAGUAAGAGAAGAGGUUGGGCCAGGAGCAAGUCGUUAGUUACUAUGUUCUUAAAAGUUGAAGUUGGGUGUCGUGAAAGUUGCAGAGAUCACUCAUAGUACCCAGAAUACGUGAAACUUUUGUAAACGCCCUCAUCAAGCAAGGGGAUCACAAAAUUUCCAGGGAUACUUUCAUUCUUGAAAAACUAACUAGUAAGAGCUGAAAGCUGAUAAGAAACAAACCCUACCGACUUAUCAAUUUCAGUGUGCCAUGGAAGUAACCGAGAAGGGUUUUUUUGGAACAAUAAUCAAGCCUGGAAAUGUGGUUGCACGAUGUGGUGAGGUUCAGCUUCAAAUGGAAGCUUCCUACAAGCUUACGACCACUGCAGAGAUUCCUCACCCAAGAAAAAAUCACGAGUCCCGUGCUGGCCAGACACAAAAGCGUGGGAUCUGGGUCCACUGAUGGUGCUGUUAUUGGAUUAGGUUUGGCCAAAAAAAUCAAAUGUAUAUUAGUGUGAAGACGGGCUUGAAUUGCGUAUGGUUACAGCUUCAUUUUAGAGGCACCGGAACUUGACAGCCUCACUGCAGUAAUGGUAACCUUGUAUUAUAAUAUAUAGUAAAUAUUUACAACAAA